UUGCAUUUUCUGUCACGUCGCCAGCAACCUCUGGGCAGCGAGGAGAUGAGGAUGCUGCAGCGAGGCUCAGUCCUGGUUUUAUGGGUCUCGUUGGUCGUCACGGCGGCGCUUGGAGAGCAACAAAAUGGCAAGUCCUGUAAGGAGACUGAAUACUAUAACCAAGCUGCAGAUCGGUGCUGCUCCUUGUGUCCUCCAGGGAAAUAUCGAAAGUUAAUCUGCACAUCUGAACGCGACACAGUCUGUAUUGACUGCCAACGAAGCACAUUCAAGGAGGAAUGGAGUAAUUCAUAUGAGUGCACACGCUGUGUGGGAAAGUGCACUGAUCCUCUGCGACAAGUUCAAAGCUGUACCAAGAAGACAAAGCAAAUCUGCGAGUGUAAACCGGGAAUGUUCUGCAAAACUGCGAGCAAUAACUACUGCUUGCAAUGUGUUGAACACAGCGUUUGCAAUGAGGGAGAAUACCUGAUUAACGCAGGAAAUGCCACAAAGGACAAUGUUUGUGGACCCUGUCCAGAAGGCACAUUCUCAAGUACAAAGUCUGUCUCCACCAAGUGCCAGCCGCAUACUAAAUGUGCCAAAUUGUUAAAAGAAGGCACAGCGACUACAGAUGCGGAGUGCGACAAUUCUUUCAGCCCAGAAACCACAACCCUCAAGACCAGCAUGAGCAAGUUGAACUUGUCCAAGGCAUCCACAUCUUCACCAGUCCAGCUUCUGACCACUCGAAGGGUAGAUUACCGAACAACAUUAUCCAUUGCGGUCGUGACUCCCAGAGGAAAUAAACAGAUGGUUAAUCUGCUUCUGACAGGCGGAUUGGCCCUCGCACUUUUGCUGAUUCUCAUCAUUUCCAGUUUGCUGUUUAGCCGGAAGAACUAUUUCAAAAGUCUACUCUUGUCCAAUAGAACUAAGGGUUCCAUCUAUAUCAUGAGUCCUCGCACAGUGUACGUGGGAGUGGAGACCAGUGAUUGUGCCAGCCCUGAUCAGCAGGACCCCGUUGCUAAACCUCAGGAGCCCCUCAUCCACUUUCCUCAGCAGGAGUCGGUGAAGUCUUUGAGUACAGGAGAGAGUCAUGUCUUCCCAGUGGAGGAGGAGGGGAAGAUUUUCCACAAACCGGUGCCUGCAGCCGACUGUUAGCAGCUGGAAGCAGUUCAACUGGCAAAGCUCGUGGAUGUUGGACACAGAUGGCUGUGCUGAUCUUACUGAAGUGCUUGAGGGGAAACUUACCAAUCUUACUAUAUAACCGAACAACAAAUUCAAGCACGCUGACUGAGAACGGUGAAGAUUUUCUGGUAUUUACGUAACUAUUGUCUUGCUGGCUGUGAGGGAUCUUUGCGGCCUAAAGGGACCAGCACCGGAGACCAGCCCCCUAGUACUAGGAGAGACCCUGUCCCUGUCCCCCCUCCACACUCCAGGGCCACUAGUGGCCAGCCUUUGGAUUCUUACAAGGAGACUCCAGCCAACGUAGCUCUCCGUGUCACCGAGGCAUGCGAGCCUCCAAACCCUACGGCAAGGUUGGAGGGUCUGACAGUGAGGUAUACCCCCAAUAUUUGGAGUGAGCCCCAUUCUCGUUCCACUUUGGAGAACACACCCUUGACUGGGUACGCAGAGCGAGCCCCUUGGCAUAGCGGGUGAGCACCACCCCCUCCACCCCCACCCCUGGUAUCUGUGCAGCUACUCUGAUCCCAGUACUGGACCGUCGAGCCUUUGGUGCUGAGCUGCUGGUUUUGGGGUGUGCUGUCUGUGAGGCUGUUUGUUUUGCUAGAAUCUAGAUUUUUGGAUUGAUUUUAAACGCUUGUUUUCUUAAAUUAAGGUUCUUUGUACACUAUUCAGACUUGCUUUCAGACGAUUAGUUCAGAUUUCAGCUGCAUGCGAAGUGUGAAUGGUGGUGAGGCUGUUCUGUGAGAGUUCGCUCUUCCUGAAGACUACACUCGCCAGGUGUAGGGACGCAGUCCACCGUGUAAUGCAGCGUGAUAAACCUCCAGUGCACUGAACUGCACAUGAACCACCUGUUGCGAUCCUAUUACCAUCGACGCCUUUAGUGUGCGAGUACACAAAUAAAAAUGUCUUCUUACAUGUGUGUUGAGUUUCUGUCCAUUAUGCCACUGGCGUUGAGGGCAGCAAUG